AUGGCAGCAGUCUCCACGGCACACCCGCCCGACACAGCGACGACCAACGACAAGAUGGCCAGCAGACGCGCACCGCUGGCCACCGUCCCCAAUGCCGUCAACUCGCCCUUCCGCAGCGUCGCUGCCGUGAGUGGAAAGCGCACGCGAGCGCAGGCUGGAGAGCAACGCGAGGCCUUAUACGGACAACCACCCGCCAAGAAACAGGCCAUUGGGUUCAUUGAGCGCGACGAUGAGAACGUGGACCCGCGGAGGAGGCACGGCGUGACGGUCGCUGCCUCUGAGAAGCUGGACGAGCCAUUCGCCAAGCGCAUCAGCCAUGCCCCGACAGCAUUCGAGAAGAGGCUGGCAUCCGUGCGUGAGCAGAAGCCAACACCACAGCCGCGCACCGAUCGCUCCCAGAAGCAGCAUGCCGACAACCUCGAGUCUAUCAGACAGUGGCAGAAGCACUACAGACGGCAGUUUCCACUGUUUGUCUUCUACUUCGACAACAUCUCCGACGACAUACGCGCCAAGUCGAUGAGACAGAUCUAUGCUCUGGGCGCGAGGGAAGAGAAGUUCUUCUCCAAGGCAGUCACUCAUGUCAUCACCACUCGUGCGAUCCCGCCCGAGCAGACUAGCACCAGUCCAGACGAUGAGGCCAAGUACGAGAAUGUUCAAUCCAAGACUAUUCAGCCUUCUGCAUUGGCGAACGAUCACCGUCGUACCACCAGCCUUCUCGAUGCCACUCUUCAGCGUCGUGCCCAACAUGCCGCCGUGCCGCAAGCAGGACUCGAUCACAAAAGACCACAGGCUCAGAGCGUCGAUGUCCUCACGCGUGCGCGUGGACUGGGCAUCAAGAUAUGGGCACUGGAAAAGCUUACUCGUGUCCUCAGCACCAUCCUUGACACUGACACAGGUGAUCAUGCCACUGAGACUCGUGGUCAUGCCACAUCCCAUCGCGUUCCUUCACGACAGACUCAGGAUGCCGACCUGGAGCAACUACUCCGCCAUGAGAAAGUCAAUGGCCCUGCCGAUCGCGACAUGACCGUUGCCACUCAGGACAUGGUGUCCUUGAAGGGCUGCUACAUCUACGUUCACGACAUGGAUGAGAGGACCAAGCCUGUCAUGGUCCGGGACUAUAGCAAGCCCACAUCCAAAGAGCAGGGUAAAUGGCCACAGUUCCGCCUCACCGCAGCUGGUCGCUGUCCUUUCGUGGAGGAUCCUGCUCAUACCAAGAGGCUUCAACAACAGGAACGUGAUGCUGCAGCACGAGUGCAGAACGAAAUGGCCUAUCGCAAGACCCGAGCAGGCCAUACGCUCCCAGCAGACCCUGCCCAGCUGUUAAACGGACAAGAAACUAACUUGCGUCGGUCACCUCGUAAGCCUGCCCAGGCGGCGAACACAAGCGUCAGCAGGCCACUGGAACCUCCUCCACCGCGCCGUCAGUCCUCCAACGAGCUUGCUCCCGUGUUCUAUGGUAGUACACAAGCCAAUCUUCGUGGCCCUCCACGCAUGGUGGGCGGCGAGCCGGUAGCUUCAGGCAUGCAGCGAUCGAACGUGACUUCCGCCAUACGCUCACAGGCAAUCUCCUCUGCCGCCAUAUCGUCAACUGCCCCCGGCAUGAACAAGCGCGUCGGCGACACCAAGGAAGUGUCGUUGCUCAAGCGCAAGGUGCUUGCUUCGAACAGCAACAGCAUGACUUCCUCUUACAUGAAUGAUAUGAGAGGUGCUAUCAACGAGCCUCAGGACCCACCACCUCGUGCGGCCAAGCGCAAGGCGCAAGAGACGCUUGGCGUGGUCUAUGAGAACGACAAUGAUGGCCAUCGGUCCCGUGCCCGAACUUCAGCGCCAAAGAGAGCCAAGUCUGUACAGAAGGAGCCCAAGCCGGGCUACUGUGAGAACUGCCGCGACAAGUUCGAAGACUUCGAUGAGCACAUUGCCUCUCGCAAGCACCGCAAGUUUGCUCAAACAGCAACGAACUGGGCAGAGCUCGACAGUCUUCUUGUUGAAUUGAAGCGCCCUCACAAGCCUCACAUAUGA